UACCUGCUAAGUUGGAGAUGUCUCACGCGUGCUUCUGUGUAGCCUCAAGAUUUUAUUAAAUACACAUAUCGGAGAACAGAACAUGGUGUCAGAAGUAUAGACUACUAAGCGAAGAGAGAACAAGUGAGAACUGACGGCUCGAAUAAAAUAAGAACGACAACGUCAUGAACCAGUUUCAAGUCACCCCGCCAGAAAAGUUCACGUUCAGAGCUGAAGACUGGACGAAAUGGAUAAAGCGUUUCGAGAGGUUUCGUAUCGCGUCUGGUUUGGAGACACAAGCGGACGAAAACCAAGUAAAUACGCUGAUAUACACCAUGGGGGACGAGGCAGAAGAUAUACUGGUUUCCCUGCAUCUAACUCCGCAAGAAGCGAGUGAGUACGAGACUGUUAAGGGACGGCUGGAUGCUCACUUCGUAGCCCGCCGGAAUAUUAUAUUUGAGCGGGCGAAAUUCAAUCAGCGCCAACAGGAGACGGGUGAGUCCAUUGACGGCUUUCACACCGCGUUACACUGUUUGGCUGAAUACUGUGGAUACGGGACUUUGCAUGAUGAGAUGGUGCGGGACAGAUUCGUCGUGGGUCUGAGAGAUAAAAGACUAUCAGAACAGCUACAAAUGGACGCUGAGCUGACGCUAGAGAAGGCGUUAAACAGAGCCCGUCAGAGCGAGCUAGUAAAAAAGCAACAGGAAAUGCUUUUCAUAGCUAACUUCAAGUCAGACAUUGCUGGCGCGCAGUUGGACCGCGUUCACGCGAGUGGGAGCGCGCGCUCCAGGCAACCGAAGGCGCCACACAAAUAUGUCGUCACAAAAGCUACACAAGAUAAAAAGGCACAGUGCAGAAGAUGCGGGGACACGAAAGGACACAGUAUGCAGCAAUGCCCUGCUAGAGAAGCAGCCUGCAAUUAUUGUGGGAAAAAGGGACAUUUUGCUAGGGUCUGCAGAAAUAAAAAAAAUAUGUCAAGUGAAUGCUGGGUUUGCAACAGAAAGCACACAUACAGACAAUGAUGUUGCUUUUCUGG